AUUAUUCACUUGUGUGCUUAUAUGCACUGUGUUGGUUAUUUUUAGAACGCGUCUGCGUGCGCGCGCUUGAAAGGUUCUGCUUGGCUGAACUAGGACAACUCAGACGGACGGGAAGAAGGCGAGCUAGCAGGCAGCGCGCUUGGUGUUAAAAGUCCAACCGGGACGAGAACGAGGACAGUACAGGAGGAGAGUCAGUCAUGGAGGCGUUGACGGAGCGUCUGGAGCGAGCCGUGACGCGACUGGAGCAGCUGACGUCGUCUGCAAAUUUAGCCAAUGGUGACUGCGUCAAUGGCGUCAAUGGAGCUGCAAGCGGGUGCGUGGACGCCUUCGACUGUCUUCUGAACGGUCCGCUGAACGACUACAUGAACAUCAGUAGGAACAUCGGCAGCGACGUGGAGAAACAUGCGGUGAUGGUCGACAAUGCCCUGCGUACGCAAAGGACCUUCCUCAAAAUGGUGGCCGAGCACCAGGAACCGGCAAAGACGGAGCUCCAGGAUUUGCUGAAGCCCAUCUCGGACCACAUCCAGGAGAUCCAGAACUUCCGGGAACGUAACCGGGGAAGCCUGCUUUUCAACCACUUGUCGGCCGUUAGCGAGAGCAUCCCCGCCUUGGGAUGGGUGGCCGUGAACCAGAAGCCCGGUCCUUAUGUGAAAGAGAUGAACGAUGCGGCCACUUUCUACACCAACAGAGUGCUCAAGGACUACAAGGAAACCGACAAACGUCACGUAGACUGGGUGCGCUCGUACCUUUCCAUCUGGAGCGAGAUGCAGGCCUUCAUCAAGCGCCACCACACCACCGGACUGUUCUGGAACAAGACGGGUCCUCUUGCUCCUGCCUCCCUUUUUGAGCCCCCCAACACUACCCGGCCCCCACCUCCUCCUCCUCCCGGACCGCCACCUGAGGACCCCCAUGUCCCUGGAUCCCCCCCUCACUCCGCACUAUUCGCCCAGCUCAACCAGGGCUUGGAUAUCACCAAAGGUUUGAAGCACGUGUCGGACCACCAGAAGACCCACAAGAAUCCGGACCUGCGCACCCAGGAGGCCCCAAAGAGCGGGAAAGCCAAGAAGACAGGCCCACUGGCCGCCCCCCAGAAGAGACCCCCUUUGCUGGAGCUGGAUGGGAAAAAAUGGAGGGUGGAGAACUUUGAGCAGAAACACGACCUUCUGAUCGAGGAGACGGAACUUAAACAGGUGGUCUACAUUUUCGCCUGCAACGACGUCACGCUGCACGUCAAAGGGAAGUUGAACUCCAUCAUCGUAGACAACUGCAAGAAGCUGGCGCUGGUGUUUGACAACGUGGUCGGAAUCGUGGAGAUCAUCAACUGCAAAGCUGUUCAGUUGCAGGUGCUGGGCUGCGUCCCCACCAUCUCCAUCAACAAGACAGACGGAUGUCAACUGUACCUCAGCGCGCAGUCGCUAGGCUGCCACAUCGUCAGCGCCAAAAGCUCCGAGAUGAACGUCCAGGUGCCGCAAGGAGACGACGACUACAGAGAGUUCCCGCUUCCCGAGCAAUUCAAGACCGUCUGGGAUGGGUCCAAACUGGUGACGGAGCCCAGCGAAAUGGCGGCUUAGCGCAGAAAAUGCUAACAUUCGCUAGAUUCUUUAUCCUCUGUGAAGAACGACUAGUUCUAUGGUCAGUUUUCUGCUCAAUUGCACUUGUACCAAGCAGUUGGUGUAAUAAACACAAGUCUGACGUGUCGCAAAUGAUAACCUUUAAUGUACAUGAAAGCAAAAAAAUGACUUUUUACAAAUAAAAACAAUUUAUUCUCCUUGUGUCAAUGUUUUA